CAACUGUUGAAAAUUCAAGAAGAAUUAAACAACAAGAAGCUGGAACUGGAACAAGCAAAAGAAGAGCAUUCCCACACGCAGGCCAUGCUGAAGAUCCUGCAGGAACAGUUAAAAAAAAAUGCCAAGGAGUUGGAGACUAAUGGCCAUGACGAAUCUCAGGCAAAAGAAAUCAAUGGGCUGACAGCGCCAUUGGUCAACCAAGACAGAGAGAAAAACGCGGAGAAGAGAAGCCAGCCACUAAAAUCGGAGAAAGAAGCUUUGUUGAUAGGUAUCAUAUCAACAUUCCUUCACGUUCAUCCUUUCGGAGCGAAUAUUGAAUAUCUCUGGUCGUAUAUGCAGCAGCUGGACUCCCGG